UCUCCACGACUGAUACAGGAAAAAAAAAGAAGAGAAGUAAGAGUAAGAGAGACAGAGAAGAAGAAAACAUGUCCGACGAGGAGCACCACUUCGAGUCAAAGGCCGAUGCAGGCGCCUCCAAGACAUAUCCUCAACAGGCUGGUGCCAUUCGUAAGAAUGCCUACAUCGUCAUCAAGAAUCGCCCCUGCAAGGUUGUGGAAGUUUCCACUUCAAAGACAGGCAAGCAUGGGCAUGCUAAGUGCCACUUUGUUGGAAUUGAUAUCUUUAACGGAAAGAAGCUUGAGGAUAUUGUGCCUUCAUCUCACAAUUGUGAUGUUCCCCAUGUCAAUCGUACUGACUAUCAGCUUAUUGACAUCUCUAAAGAUGGUUUUGUGAGUCUCUUAACUGAAAAUGGAAACACCAAGGAUGAUCUGAGGCUUCCCACCGAUGAUAGUCUGCUUAGUCAGAUUAAAGAUGGGUUUGCUGAAGGGAAGGACCUUGUGGUGACUGUUAUGUCAGCCAUGGGAGAGGAGCAGAUCUGUGCCCUUAAGGACAUUGGCCCAAAAAAUUAAAUAUGAUGCCAUUGCAUUAGCUAUGGCUGAUGGUAAAACAAACCUUUGUGUUCCCAAUGAGGAGUUUAUUUACGAUCCUUGUGUGCGCGAAACAUAAAUUACAAUAGUACGGUAGCUCCGUAUAGUUACGGAAAAGAAACUGGGAUAUGCCAAUUUCCUGGAAGGAACUUGUGUUUACGGCAAGAUGGAAUUUAUAUAUGGUGUUGCUUCUUUGUAA